CCGACGGUGCCCUCGCCUCCCUGACGUGGGUGAGAAAGGGGCGGGGAAACGGAGGCGCUCGCGAGGCUCACACAUAGACGGAGAGAGCGGGAAGGGUGCGCGCAUCGGCCGUCCGGUGUCACGAGCAGAGCGGAGGGUGACCGAGCAGAAGAGCGGACAGGAGGGAGAAGGAGGAGAAGAGCAACGAGCCCGGAGGACACAGGAGACACAGCCAGGCCCCGGGGCAGCCAGCAGAUAACUGCCAUGAUGAACGGUUCAAAUCUUGGGAAUUCCAUGUCCAACAACAAGUCCAAGGAUGAGCAGGUGGUAAAUGGACACGACGAAAAUGAAAACAACCCCUUCGCAGAGUACAUGUGGAUGGAGAAUGAAGAGGACUUCAACAGACAGGUGGAAGAGGAGCUGCAGGAGCAGGAGUUUCUAGACCGCUGCUUCCAGGAAAUGUUGGACGAGGAAGACCAAGACUGGUUCAUCCCUUCCCGAGACUUGCCGCAGGGUGUUGGGCAGUUGCAGCAGCAGUUAAAUGGUCUCUCAGUCAAUGACACUCAUAGUACAGAGGACAUCUUGAGCAAAAGUACCCUGAACCCCGACGCAAAGGAAUUUGUCCCAGGAGUGAAGUAUUGAACAUUGCAGGCGACUUUUUAAAAACAAAACAGAAAAAACAAAUAAAAAAAAAAUUACACAAAAAGACUGUUCCUUAUACCUUCAGGAUAAAGCUGCACAAAAAAAAGAGGGGAAUAUUUGGGGAGGUGGUUAAUAAGCGAUGCUUUAACUCGACACUGUGACUCGAGUACCUUUAAAUAUGGGAUUCUGUUUUUCUUCAGGCGUUUAAAAGCCGUUCCCUCCCCCCAUUUACAGCAUAGGAUUCGGUGGUAUGCUUGUCGGACUUAUUUUUUUAUUUUUUCUUUAAAAUACGGGGGUUCCGUUUUCAUCAGAAGGCCACCUGCUGUUGUAUUUAAAGCGAAAACAACAUGGAAGAAUCGUAAUUAAAAUCAUCCUUUUUUUUUUUUUUCCCACCAUCCUCUGACAGUCAUCCGUUUUCAUUGACCAUUCACAGGAAGAUGUGAUUUGUAGCUUCCAGCAUGAAGAUGGUUUACCUGAAUUCCAACACUUGUGAUUUUUAGGGGACAUUUAACAUUUGUUGUCAUUUCAGUGCCAUUCAGAGGGCAAAUACACAGCUUAAAGGGUUGUCUUAUUAUUCAUUUUUUUUUUUUUUGUCUGGACUUGGUCCAAGUCUGUGUUUAGCUUUACUCAGGAGAGCAGACCCCUGAUGGUCCUCCAGCCUGGAGAGCCAUUGGAUUUUUUUUUUCAGUGUUCAGUUUAAAAGGCGCCAUCUUUUACCCGGACUUCACCGUCGACAGCUUGUACCUCGGACUUGAGAUUUUCUUGCAAAUACAAAAAACAAAAAAACAAUCAAGCCUGUAUACCCAUUGUAAUUAUGCUGCAGUUGAAUUACCGGCCUUGACUUCUCAUAUUAGUGUGAUUUAGUAUGACACUAACACUAAGCUACGUAUCGUGGCUGACGGUAAGUGAUGUUACAAAGGGGGUACAGUCGCGUCCCCUUCAAACAUGCCAUGGCUGCGCCAUAUUAGAAAUCAGUAUGAGACUUUUCUAUAGUCCGUUACUGCCGCCAAACCAUAACUUUGGUUUGUCUGAUCUUAAAUUAAAAAAACGCUACAGAGUAAGGUUGAGCUUAACUGCGCAAGACCUUGCAGUUCCUCCAGAACAGAAGACCCCCCUACCAUGGUGUGGCUGCUCAACCCUGCUGUAGUCUAAGCUUUUUUCUUUUUUUUUUUUUUUUUUCUCCACAAGCCAGGCGCUAUGGUCCAUCGUCACUUGUAAAAACAUGGCAAACGGGGAUUUUGGAAAUGCAACCCCCGAUUUGCCCACAUGGCAUGCACCUCCAUCUUGCAUUGAUCCGUAAUGUGCUCGGUGGGUAGAAAGAGAGAAACAAAAUAAGCUACGUUUUAAAAAAAACUGCCUCUACAGUUGUAUUGUUUUUAUGAAGUGAUAUGGCCACACACACACAAAAAAGAAAAAAAAAAUCAAAUAAAUCAGCCUGAUCAUUGUA